AUGUGUCCCAUGCCUGGGGCUCAAGACUACGUUGAUCUGGGCCGCAUCGGCUCGGAUCAGUGCGUCUGCGACAUCGGCAGCUUCCUGUCAAGCAGCGACUGCAAGAAGUGCACGGCUGGCAGUUCAGCUGCGCUUCGUGUCGUUCCGGCAGUAGAAGUCCUUGGGACAGGUCUCACACACCUUGGAGAAGAAGCUCUUGGCGAGCCCGGCACGCAAUCCACGCAGAUGGUGAACUCGCAGUACGUCCCUGCCGAAGUUGCAGGUGCCUUCGAAGCUGCCGAUGGUGUUUCAUACAGGUUGAGAGCGUAA